AUGAGGCUGAGUGUUUUAUUCCUAGGAGUGGUGGUGAAAGACCCGAAAGAUUUCCAAGGAAAAGAAUGGCUGAAACCGGUAAGCGUCGAAAUUGUUCAACGGAUCCAGGCAGGUCUUAAAACAUUUCAACGAUUACUCAAGUCUAAACGCUCCAAUAAAAGAGUAUCCGAUUGCUGCGAUUUGUUUAAAGACAGCGUUAAUUUCAUCAAUUCUGGUGACUACGAGAACAGUUACCAGGCAAAUUCACAAUGCGCUGUUUCACUAGAGGACCAUUUCGUCGACGAGGAUCUUUCUCAGGUGGCUAACGAUCUUGAAAGGUAUGCGAUGAUGCUUCGAGAUAUAGCUGAGAAUCAGAAGUAA